GUUCAGACAGAGAGGUAUCAGUUCAAGCACAGUUCUUUGAGCGAUCCAGUAGACCACGACUAUCAACAUGGGCAAGAUCAUCUUGUUUGAGGAGAGGAACUUCCAGGGUCGCUCUUACGAAUGCAUGAGCGACUGCGCCGACAUGUCCUCCUACCUGAGCCGGUGCCAGUCCUGCCGAGUGGAGAGCGGCUGCUUCAUGAUCUACGAGCGUCCUAACUUCAUGGGCAACCAGCACCUUUUGAGGAGGGGCGAGUACCCCGACUACCUGAAUCUGAUUGGCCUGAGCAGCGGUAUCAAGUCUUGCCGGAUGAUCUCCAUGCACAGAGGUCAGUUCAGGAUCAAGAUCUUUGAGAGGGAGAAUCUGAGCGGUCAGAUGAACGAACUGAUCGAUGACUGCGACAACAUAACGGAGCGCUUCGGAAUGAGCGAAUGCUUGUCCUGCCAAGUGAUGGAGGGCAACUGGCUGCUGUUUGAGCACCCAAACCUCCGGGGCAAGAUGCUCUUCGUGAGGCCCGGUGAGCACCGGAGCUUCAGAGAGAUGGGCCUGAGCAACACUCGUUUCAUGAGCAUGAAACGCAUCACCGAUUUAUGCCAAUAAUACAUUGCUGCCCAAAUAAACGCUAUGAAUUUCUAAA